AGAUAUGAUGGAAACUCAUUUGACAAUAUUGGAUCUGACAACAAUGACACCGAUCCUCCGCCACCCUUUUUUCCUCCAUCUCCACAUCCACCUAGUGGAUCUGACAACAAUGACACCCAUCACUUUCCUCCAGAUCUUCAUAAAGCACAAGGUUCUGAUGGAGCCCAACCAUCCAAUCUAGAGAACAGAAAUAGAAAGAAAAGUUUGACAGCCGGAGAUAUUAUAGGCAUAGUUUUGGUAACUUCAUUGGUUGUUCUCUUUGCUAUUUCUGCACUUAUAAUAUGCAUCCGAAAGUGCAAGGGUAAGGAAAAUGCAACAAGAGCCUCUACAGGUAAUCCUAUUGCAUAUAGUGGUAACAGAUAAGUGCAGAUCAUCACGAAAGUUUAUUCAUUUUUCUAUCCAUCAUAAUUCUAGUGAACAGGAAGGUGCUAGAGCCAAGGGCAAAUUUGGCAUCCACUGUAGUAGACUUGUAGCCUCUACCAAUGGAGAGAAUGACAUUAGAUAUCGUACAGGAGAGGAAAGGUUCUGUAAAGAGUGCAAACUCCACUAUUACUGCCACACCUUUUACCGUUGCUGCACUUCAAAAUGCAACAAACAGUUUUUGCCAAGAAAACCUUGUGGGUGAAGGUUCCGUUGGCUGUGUAUAUAGAGCAGAUUUUCCAAAUGGAAAUAUACUGGCCAUAAAAAAGAUUGAUAGUGCAAUAUUGUCAUUGCAAGAGGAAGAUGAUUUUCUGGAAAUUGUCACAAAGAUGUCAAGGCUGAGACACGGAAACAUUGUUCCACUAGUGGGAUACUGUACAGAGCACAGACAACGUCUUCUCGUCUUUGAUCAUGUAAAGAAUGGUAGCCUUCAUGAUAUGCUGCAUUUUGGUAAUGAGAGGAGCAAUAAACUGUUGACUUGGAAUGCACGUGUUAAAAUUGCACUUGGGGUUGCUCGGGCAUUAGAGUACUUGCAUGAGGUUUGUACACCUUUUGUUGUACAUGGAAACUUUAAGUCCGAAAACAUUUUGUUAGACGAGGACCUCAAUCCUCAGUUAUCUGAUUGUGGCUUAUCUACAGGACACCAGAUGAUUGGUUCAUUUGGUUACAGCGCCCCCGAGUUUGUAUUAUCUGGAAUUUGUACUGUUAAAAGUGAAGUGUACAGUUUUGGUGUUGUAAUGCUUGAGAUAUUGACAGGAAGGAAGCCACUUGAUAGUUCGCGGGAGAGAUCCGAACAGUCACUUGUGAGGUGGGCCACACCUCAACUUCAUGAUAUAGAUGCCUUAGCAAGAAUGGUUGAUCCUGCUUUAAAUGGCAUGUACCCUGCCAAGUCAUUGUCCCGCUUCGCUGACAUCAUUGCCUCAUGUGUUCAGACUGAACCCAAGUUUCGUCCUCCAAUGUCUGACAUUGUUCAAGCGAUUGUUCGGCUAGUGCGAAGGGCAAGCAUAGCAAGAAUAAGAACUAGUGAUGAGUCAAGAUUUUCAUUCAAGACACCGGAACAUGGUUCUAUCGACACACCAUACUAAGUACCAGCUUUUGCAGAGUUGUAAGUAAUUUCAACAAGUUUGAUCACUUGUGAAUGAUUAUAGUCAAUAGAUGAUAUAUCACAUUAUAUGCAAAGAAGAUUUAUGUAUUUGUUUUCCUAUUUCUUGAACAAAUUAUGUAAAGAGAG